AUGGGGAAGUCGAGGUUUUUCUUUGUGUGCUUGCUCUUGUUAACCGUAUUCUCAAAUUUUAGCUAUGCAGCUAUAACAACAGAUAGUCCUUUGUCAAUAGGACAGACUCUCAGCUCCCCUAAUAACCUUUAUGAAUUGGGGUUUUUCAGUCCUAAUAACUCUCACAAUCUGUAUAUUGGAAUCUGGUUCAAGCUUAUCAUUCCCCGGGUGGUUGUUUGGGUGGCCAAUAGAGAAAAUCCUGUUACAGACUCCAUGGCAAAUCUAGCUAUCAGCACCAAUGGAAGUCUGCUUUUAUUCAAUGGCAAACAUGGUGUUGUCUGGUCCAUUGGAGACACUUUUGCUUCUAACGGGUCUCAAGCAGAGCUUUCAGACAGGGGAUAUCUUAUUGUUAUCGACAAUGUUUCAGGGAGAACUCUAUGGCAAAGCAUUGAGCAUCUUGGUGAUACUAUGCUACCUUACUCAUCCCUGAUGUAUAACCUCGCCACUGGUGAGAAGCGCAUGUUGACUUCUUGGAAAAGUUACACUGAUCCAUCGCCUGGUGACUUUUCCUUUCAGAUUACACCGCAGGUGCCAUCGCAGGUGUGUACUAUGAGAGGCUCGACGCCUUAUUGGAGAAGUGGCCCAUGGGCUAAAACAAGAUUCUCCGGGAUACCGCAAAUGGAGGCAACAUAUUCAAGUCCAUUUAGCCUUCAGCAGGAUGCAAACGGGUCAGGAUCUUUCUCUUUUUUAGACAGAAACUUCAACCGUCCACGUAUAAUGCUAACAUCAGAGGGCUCACUGAAGAUUUCUCAGCCUAUUGGGACUGCCUGGAAAGUAUACUUUGAGGCUCCAGCCAACUCAUGUGAUUUUUACGGUGUAUGUGGACCUUUUGGGUUGUGUGUGAUGUCAGUACCUCCAAAGUGUAAAUGCUUCAAAGGGUUUGUACCAAAAUCAAUUGAGGAGUGGAGAAGAGGAAACUGGACUGAAGGUUGUGUGAGGCGUACAGAACUACUUUGUCAAGGAAACUCUACUGCCAAAGAUGUAAAUAUCUUCCAUCAGGUUGCCAACAUAAAGCCUCCAGACUUCUACAAAUUUGCAGAGGUUGUGGAUGCUAAAGAAUGCUACCAAAGUUGCCUCCACAAUUGCUCUUGCUUGGCCUUUGCGUAUAUCCAUGGAAUAGGGUGCUUACUGUGGAACCAAGACCUAAUGGACGCAGUGCAAUUUUCUGCAGGAGGAGAACAUCUUUCCAUUCGUCUUGCACGUUCGGAACUAGGUGGCCGCAACAAGACCAUUGCUGCUAGUAUUGUGAGCCUUUCUCUCUUUGUGAUACUAGCAUCUGCUGCGUUUGGUUUCUGGAGAUACAGAGUGAAACAUAACGCUAAUAUAUCAAAGGAUGAUUCACAAUAUGCAUGGAGGAAUGAUGUCUCAGGUUUAUAUUUCUUUGAGAUGACUACCAUUCAAACUGCCACCGAUAAUUUCAGUCCAUCAAAUAAACUCGGACAAGGUGGAUUUGGUUCAGUUUACAAGGGAAGGCUGCAAGAUUUGAAAGAAAUUGCUGUAAAACGGCUUUCUAGCAGCUCGGGGCAGGGUAAAGAUGAGUUCAUGAAUGAAGUAGUACUCAUCUCAAAACUACAGCACAGGAACUUAGUUCGGAUUUUGGGAUGUUGCAUCGAAGGAGAAGAGAAGCUAUUGAUUUAUGAGUUCAUGGUGAACAGAAGCCUUGAUACUUUUAUCUUUGAUUCAAGAAAAAGGCUUGAGAUUGAUUGGCCAAAGAGAUUUGAUAUCAUUCAAGGUAUUGCUCGUGGAAUUCUCUAUCUCCAUCACGACUCACGCCUCAGGGUUAUUCACCGAGAUCUCAAGGUCAGCAAUAUACUUCUGGAUGAGAAGAUGACCCCAAAAAUAUCAGAUUUUGGAUUGGCUCGGAUGUAUCAGGGAACCGAAUAUCAGGAAAACACUCGCCGAGUUGUAGGAACUUUAGGAUAUAUGUCACCUGAGUAUGCAUGGACUGGGAUGUUCUCCGAAAAAUCCGACAUCUACAGCUUCGGAGUUCUGCUUUUAGAAAUCAUAAGCGGAGAGAAGAUCUCAAGGUUCAGUAAUGGCGAAGGAAAAACCCUUCUUGCAUAUGCUUGGGACUCUUGGUGUGAAAAUGGAGGAGUUGAUCUUCUUGAUAAAGAUGUUGUUGAUUCAUGUAAGCCAUUAGAAGUUGAGAGAUGUGUUCAGAUUGGUUUGCUCUGCGUUCAACACCAACCUAUAGACAGACCAAACACACUUGAGUUGCUGUCUAUGCUCACCACAACAUCAGAUCUUCCACCACCAAAACAACCAACAUUUGCAUUGGACUCUAGAGAUGAUGAAUCCCAUGUUAGGGAUUUGAUCACUGUCGAUGAGAUGACACAAUCUGUGAUCCUUGGUCGUUAA